AUGUCUGAAAACAACAACGCAACCAACGGGGGCGAUGGUAAAAAAACAACUGUGGAUAUUCCUGAAGGUGGUGUGAAAUCCAUUAGAGUUGAGGAUUUAUAUGACAAAGAAAAGUUUGAUCUAUCAACAAUGGAUUCUUCAGAUUUUGGUCAUAAUCGUUUGGAACAGAAAGAACAAAGUCCCAUCCUACAGUUUUUACUAUUUAUGUGGAAUCCAUUAUCAUGGGUUAUGGAAGCAGCCGCUCUGGUCGCAAUCGCAUUAUCAAAUGGCGGAGGUCAGCCACCCGAUUGGGAAGAUUUUGUCGGCAUCGUACUUCUUUUACUUGCCAAUUCAAUUAUUGGAUUUGUUGAACAAAGAAAGGCUGGAAAUGCCGUUAAAGCAUUGAUGGAAGCGUUAGCACCGUCAGCAAAAGUGAAAAGAAAUGGAAAAUGGGAGACUAUUGAUGCAGCUGAUCUUGUGCCUGGAGAUAUUAUUAGUGUGAAACUAGGCGAUAUUAUACCAGCAGAUGGCAGAUUAAUUUCAGCUCAUGGUAGUGUAUCCAUUGAUCAAGCAGCAUUAACUGGAGAAUCGUUACCGGUUACUAAAGAAAUUGGGGAUGAAAUCUUCUCUGGUUCAACAUGUAAACAGGGUGAAGCAGAUGCGAUUGUUAUUGGCACUGGAACAAACACAUUUUUUGGACGUGCUGCUAAACUUGUCGGUGGUGCACAUGAUGAAACUGGCCAUUUACAACACAUUUUAGGUCAGAUUGGAUGGUUUUGCAUAGGUAGUAUAACAAUAUUCGUUAUAGCUGAAAUAUUAGUCAUGUAUGCCGGUUUUCGCUACGCUUAUCGUCGGGGUAUUAACAAUAUACUUGUGUUACUUAUCGGAGGAAUACCAAUAGCAAUGCCUACUGUGUUAUCUGUCACGCUCGCCAUUGGCGCUAAACAGCUCUCUGAACACAAGGCGAUCGUCACACAUAUACAAGCCAUCGAGGAAUUGGCUGCUGUCAGUAUACUUUGUUCUGAUAAAACUGGUACAUUGACACUGAACAAAUUAGUUAUUGAUAAAGAUACAAUCAAACAAUAUUCAGAUGUUACCGGAGACGAUAUUAUUCGUUAUGCAGCAUACGCGUGUCGAUCAGAUAAUCAAGAUGCCAUUGAUGCAUGUGUAACAACAACAGUUGGUAACCCGAAAAACAUUCGUGAUGGAAUUGAAGAAUUGUUUUUUAAACCGUUUAAUCCCACCGAUAAACGUACAGAAAUUACCUAUAAACUGUUGUCCAAUGGUAGUGUACAUCGUGUUACGAAAGGGAUGUCACAUUUUAUAUUAGAUUUAUGUACACGGGACAAAGACGCUGCUCAAAUUAAACAAUUAAACGAUGAUGUUGAUGAAUUUGCGAGAAGAGGUUUAAGAGCGUUGGCAGUGGCCAUUGAUCAGGUACCAUCAGGAACAGCGGAUGGUGAAGGGUUAGGAUUUAAAUUAAUUGGACUAUUGCCAAUAUAUGAUCCACCACGAUCAGACACUAAAGAAACAAUAGAACGAGCCAUCGAAUUAGGUGUAAAAGUCAAAAUGAUUACCGGUGAUCAGUUGGCCAUUGCAAAAGAAACGGGACGUCGUUUGGGCAUGGGAGAUAAUAUGUUUCCAUCAACAAUAUUGAAAGAUGGUCCACCACCAGGUUCACCAUAUAAAGAUGUUGAUGAUCUUGUUUUGCAUGCUGAUGGUUUUGCCGGUGUGUAUCCGGAACAUAAAUAUGCAAUCGUUGAACUAUUACAAAAGAUGGAUUUUAUGGUUGCCAUGACAGGUGAUGGUGUCAAUGAUGCACCGGCUCUAGCAAAAGCAAAUGUUGGUGUAGCCGUUGCUGAAGCUAGUGAUGCUGCGAGAUCAGCGGCUGACAUUGUUUUGACCGAACCAGGUUUGAGUGUUAUUAUCGAGGCCAUACUUGGUUCAAGACAAAUAUUUCAACGUAUGAGAAAUUAUGCCAUCUAUACGUGUUCUGUUACAAUUCGUGUUCUCGUUGGGUUUUCUGUACUUAUAUUUGCAUUUAAAUUUGACUUUCCACCAUUUAUGGUUCUUAUAUUAGCGAUAUUAAAUGAUGGUACUAUAAUGACAAUUUCAAAAGAUCGGGUCAAACCAUCACCGUAUCCGAAUAACUGGAAUUUAUUUGAAAUAUUUACUUACGCUAUUGUAUACGGAAUUUAUCUCGCUGCAUCAACCAUUGCCUUUUUUGCCGUUGCCGUUCAAACAAAUUUUUUUCAACACAAAUUUGGUGUACCUCCUUUCAAGCGCGAUCUUCCGUAUUAUGAUUAUAAUAAUGAUCCGGUUUUACAUUCCAUCAUUUAUCUUCAAGUGUCAACAAUUAGUCAAGGAUUAAUAUUCAUAACACGUUCACGAGGAUUAUUUUUUACUGAACGACCAUCCGCGAUACUUGUUUGUGCAUUUAUAGUAGCACAAAUGGUGGCCACCUUCAUUGCAGUUUACGCUAAAUGGGGUUUCACCAAUAUUGAAGGUAUUGUUUGGGUUUGGAAUAUAAUUUGGUUUUUUCCGCUUGAUGCUGUUAAAUUUGCAUUACGUGCAUAUUUUGAUCCGAUACAAAAACGAGCGCUUGAAGAACUAACAAGCGAACCAUCGACAGAAGCGCAAGUACAACGACGAAGAAGUACCAUAGCUCGUAAGGCUUCCAUGGCUGGUCCACCAUCGAGACGUUCAACAGCUGGGGGUUCAGAUAAAGCACAAGGACGUCGUGAAACAAUGUCAAUUGGAAACAAAUAUUACGCUCCACAGACACGUGUACUAUCUACACAACAUCAUCAUAGAAAUUUUGCUCGAUUAUUGAAGUUAGACAAUACGGCGGGUGUUUCAGUGGAACAGGGUGAAUUAAGACGAUUUUCAAUUGUUCAGGUAUGA